ACCCUAAUUUCAUUUCCUUCCGUGAAUUGGCCGAAGUGGUUGAAUUCGUCUUGAUUCGCAAGGAAUUCUGCGAUUCUGGGAAUGAAUUUGAUCCUCUAAAGAAGUUGAAGUGUUCCAUUGCGUAACAUUUGCGUGAAGUUUUGACGGUCUUAUCGAACGGUGUUAUGAUAAUCAAACUACGGCUAUGGCGAGCGUCCUCGUGAAAUUUUGCCCAAUCUAGGAUACAAGCACAAGUAGUCAGGGGAAUAGCGCAUAUAGUUUAGUUGGCGUGGUGAUUCGUAGUUUUGGUUCAGCAGGGAGAUCGAUGGAGGGUGAAGUCUUGGAGCAGUUCAUCUUCGAGAGGCGGUGCGUUCUGAAGGUGUUAUUGAGGAAGACGACCUUGGGGAGGAAUAACACCAUCUGGUCUUGUAGUAGUGGCGGUGUCACAGAAUAACAUAUCGUUAGAUUGUUUUGUUUGCACUCAAUUGAGCUACAAUUUUUGUUAGAAAAAUAAUUUGAAGUCGGCCACGAUGGGGAGAAGUCGGCUGCAACGCAAAGUUGCUCGGGGAGAUGAGUAUGCUGGAGAUGGCUACGAUUCACUGAGCUCUUUGUCCUCCGAUGUACGCUGGUCAGACGGCAACCCUAAUGUGUUAGAAGAAACACAAUCUAACAAUUCUGGACUCGAAGGAUGCUUGGAUGCCUUGUAUGAGAAAAGGGCUGCAAAAAGGGAAGCAGGUCUGAAGGGCCUCAUUCGAAUUAUGUCACGAGAGGUUCUGUCUAACUACAUCGCAGACAAGUAUGAGACUUUAUCACAUCAGAUUCUUGCCUGCAUGAAAAAGGGAGGAUCAUCAGAGAUCGCAUUAGCAGCUCGAGCAUUAGGGUUGUUGGUUUUGACACUUGGGGCUGGCGAUGCAACUCUGAGAGUGAAAGAACAAGUUGAACCGUAUCUUCUGAAAGUUGCCAAUCUGGCAUCUUCUUCUAAUGCAAGGAUAUCUGCCUUGGAUGCAGUGGCGAUCGUAACUUUUGUUUGCAAUGUCGCUCGAGAUACCCGUGAUAUGAUGGGGUUUCUAUGGCAAAUAGUUUGCCCUACCAACGACGAGGCAGAUCAGAAACUGAAGCUUCAAAAGCCGCCGGAGGCCGUAAAAUUUGCUGCGCUGUCAGGAUGGACCCUCCUGUUGUCUAGCUUACCUCCCUACCUAGUUUCCGAAUCGCUUGUGGUCUCGUGUCUCCCUGUUUUAUCUUCGUUAUUGCAAAGUUCGGACCUUGCAGUGCGUAAAGCAGCAGGUGACGCAGCUGCCACGCUUUACGAGGCAUCUCCUGAAUGCACUGAGAUAAGCAAUGACAGCUCAGGGACUUCAGUUGGCGACGUUGGAAGCACCGAGCAGUUGUUGACUCAGUCUGACCCCCUUAAAGAUGUGACAAAAGAACAAAUGUUGCAUGAGAUGAAAAACUUGUCAGUUGGCAGCACCACAAAAUGGCAGACUCGAAAAGAGCGGGUUGCUUACCGCAAGUCAUUUCGGCAGAUGCUUACAACACUGGAAGAUGGAGUGCCUCGUGAAGUGAAAGUGAAAGUCCCAAAAUGCAAGGUGUUGACUAUUAAAACAUGGAAUGACACUGUGCAGAUGAAUGGGCUUAAGCGUUACUUGGGUGAUGCAGGAUUUAAUGCACACAUGCAGAGCAAUAUCCUUCUGCACGAGAUAUUUGAUGUGGAAUUGGAGGAGAAGCGGGUGCGCGUCUGUGAUCUGCAGCUGAACCCUACAGAAAAGAGAAUGUUGUUUUCACCAAAUUCAAUGGCUUGCAAGGCUCGCACAAAACAAUUGAACCGCACACGUCUUUCAAACCAGGAUUUGUGGCACUGAAUGUAUGCGGGACUGGUUUUUCAGAUUGAAAAAGCGGCCUCCUUCAACAUCAACGGCUACGAGAGUGAUUAAAUGAUUCGUUACAUGGAUUCUUUUACUGGUUCAUUCAUUGUUGUUCCCCCAAUUCAUUCUCCACCAUGCCAUUUAGUUAGGAAUUUGUUUUCAACAGUUCAAACCCAGAGCUGAUAGAGUUGUGAAGGGCUAUUGAGCUACGUGGUCCAUUUGGGUAUUUGUAACAUCUGGAUUGUCUUGUCGUUUCUUACCUCACUCAAAUACGUAGAGGUUAGAUCAGUCUGAUAUAGUGUAUGUGCUCAAGCAGUUUUCAAGGCUGACUAGCUUCAUAUUCUUCAGCAUUUGUAUUCAAAAUCAAAUAAUAUGGUUAAAUGUCAAUGCAUGCUUUUAGAUUCCAUAAAACUUGGAUUGCUGUAUUCCUCACAAGAUAGUUA